AUGCUGAACCAAACACAGAGUAGUGACUCUAGCUCCAUUAAUGGAGGAGAAAUCGAGCUGCGAAGAGGGCAGUGGAGUCCUGAAGAAGACAAGCUUCUCAUGCAGUAUAUAGCUUGCCAUGGUGAAGGACGCUGGAAUUCCUUGGCCAAAUGUGCCGGAUUGAAGAGAACCGGAAAGAGCUGCAGAUUGAGAUGGUUGAAUUAUUUGAAACCGGAUAUUAAGAGAGGAAAUCUUACUUUACAAGAGCAGCUCUUGAUUCUUGAACUCCAUUCAAUGUGGGGUAAUAGUUGGUCAAAGAUUGCGCGACAUCUACCCGGACGAACUGAUAACGAGAUUAAAAAUUACUGGAGAACACGAGUACAAAAACAUGCUCGACAGCUAAAGAGUGAGUCUGACAAAAAUAAAUUUCUCGAAACAAUUACAAGUGUUUAUGUUCCAAGAUUGAUGGAAAAGAUUGAACAAUCUACUUCUCCAACACUCCCACCACCACCAUCGUCAAUUUUUCUCACAACUUCGACAGUGGAAUCGAGAAAAACUAGUGUUACACCUCAACAUCUCCUAGAAGACAUUGUAAGUGUUAGAAGUCCUAUGACAAGCACUUCGGUAUUAGAUUCAUCUGAAAUUCAACUCUUUGAAUCUCAUAACAAUGAGAUGGUCUUCAAUGAUGACUUCUAUGGAAACAUUAGUACUAGCAACUGUUUCGAGUUUUCCAACUCGAAUGGCCAGAUGGCAGAAGCUAAUUGGGUCAAUGAUGAGAUGACAAGUGGUUCAUUAUGGAACAUGGAUGGAUUGUGGCAAUUCAAGGUACCCGGAGAAGGGCUAUUUUGACAUUGGACAUCUUAAUCUUUUGGGGGCAUAUAAUAGGCAGAAAUAUUAUUGUCA